AUGAAACUCCUCCCCUUCCUCAUCUCUACACUCCCCUUCCUUGGCAGCGGGAGUGGCCAUCCCACCCCCAUCGUCUCCGACACCCACCACCAAAUCACCUACCACGGCCUCGAACGCAACAACAUCGAAGUCUUCCUCGGCAUCCCCUACGGCCAAAACACCGGCGGUCCCGCCCGGUUCAAACCCCCCACCAAACAUGUCCCCCCCGCCGGCAGCCGCGUGAACGCCACGGCCUACGGCCCCAGCUGUCCGCAGCUUGGAGAGUGGGCGCCGCCGCUGUUGCUGGCGAAUAUCACGCACAUGUCGGAGGAUUGUUUGAACUUGAAUGUGGCUAGGCCGAAGGGGACAAGGGCGGGGGAGAGGUUGCCGGUGAUGGUGUUUAUUCAUGGGGGCGGGCUGUUUAAGGGGGAUAAUCAUGAUCCGACGAUUUUGCCGGAUCGGUUGGUGCGGGAGUCGGUGGAGAAUGGGUCGCCGGUUGUGCAUGUGGCGCUGAAUUAUCGGUUGGGUGUAUUUGGGUUUGCUCGCUCGGAUGCCCUCAAGGCGGAGAAAGCGGAGAAUAAUGGCUUGAGGGACCAGCGGCUAGCUCUUGAAUGGGUGAGGGACAAUAUUGCCCAUUUUGGCGGUAAUCCGGACGAGGUUACGGUGUUUGGGCAGUCAUCAGGGGGCCUAUCCGUCAGCCUCCAACUCAUGGCCUACGGCGCGACCAAACCCGUCCCCUUCCACCAAGCCAUCGCCCAAAGCCAAAUGCUCGAGCCCGGCAUCGCCGGCAACUACACCCUCCAAGCCACGCAAAUGGUCGCCGACCACGUCGGCUGCAACACCACCGCCCUCUCCUCCCCGGCCACCAUCACCUGCCUCCGCAAUCUCGACACCCGCACGCUCCUCGACGCCAGCCUCGCAACCUACAGCGAAACCCUCCACCUCGGCGAAAUCUGGCUGCCCACCGUCGACGGCGACUUCAUCCCGGCCAAACCCUCCACCCUCCUCCGCACGGGUCGCUUCGCCAACGUCACGACUAUGAUCGGCUGGUGCCAAGACGACACUACCGUGUUUACUGAUCCAGCCAUCCAAACCGAAGCUGACGUCCGCGCCUUUUUCAGCCUCUACAUCCCCGCCCUCAGCGAAUCCAACAUGGACAAGCUCUUAUCCCUCUACCCCCCCGCCGAAUUCACCCCCCCAAGCACACCAUCCCCAUCCCCAAACAUCCUAUCCACCCAAUUCUUCCGCGCCGCCCGCAUCUUCCGCGACAUCCUCAUGACCUGCCCCCCCCUCGCCUACGGGUCCCACCUCUCCGCCGCCGGCAACGACGUCUACCUCUACAACUGGAACCAAACCAUCCUCGCUCCCAUCCUAGAACAAGUCAUCCCCGGCACAGCAGGGUGGGGUCCGAUCCACACAUCGGAGUUUGCAUACAUGUUUGGGAAUCUGGAAAGGUAUGAUACCAACGGGUUUGUGUUUGAGCCCACGGGGGCGGAUUAUGACCUGGUAAAAAGGGGGACGAGGUCGUGGGCGAAUUUUGCGGCGACGGGGAGGCCGGGGGCCGUGGGGAGGGAGACGUUUCAGGGGUUUGGGAAGGGGUUUGACGGGGAGGGGGGGGAGGAUGUGUUUGUGUAUGUGGUGGGUGGGGAGAGGGAAGGGUUGACGGCGGUUGAUGGGGAGGGGGCUACGGAGGAGAUGAGGAGGCAGAGGUUGAGGGAGAGGUGUGCGUUUUUGAAUGGGGGGGAGGUGGUGGAGCAGUUUGAGUUUUAG